AGCCUUGCGUUAGAUUAACGGAUGCUCCACUUUUUUCCACGGUGGAUGAGCAGGAAGAAGUCAUACACGGCUCAGAAUCAAACACGACACGACAAACCAACAAUGUUUGUAAGCAACUCCUUUAACCAUCCUCAGUGUGCAAGAAACAAUUACGUAGUCAGUUGCCGAUAGAAGUGUGGGUCCCUUCUUUUCAAAAGCAAACACAGCCGUUAAAUAUAAGUUUUGCGAAGACCAUAGCCUCACAUGUAAAAUCUCUUUCUGAAUGAAUGAUAGUCUCCAAUUCCAUCCAUGAGACACCAAUUUCCCACAAAAUUUACCAAAAUUAAGUUCCUCUGCUCUGUUAAUAUAUCACUAUUGCUAUGGCAUUACUUCUGUCAAGUGUGCAAUUUCAACCUUCACUAAGAAUUCUACAUUCUGUACAAAAAAGGCAAAAUCCAGGGAACAUUCUUUACAAAAGGUCUCAAUUUUACCCAAAAUCCAAAACCCAAUUCUCUUUUCGGUCCCUGAAUUCGGCUUCAAUUAAUGGAUUUUCCGUACAAGAAUAUCCUGAAGCUGAUUCAUUGAGGGAGAGUGUGGUUAAAUGGAUGGAAUUUAUUCGAAAUGUAAUUCCAGGUGGAAAUUGGUGGAGGCUUUCAUCAGAAGAUGUAGACAUUGGAGCAACAGCAAAGCCUGUGACUGUACUCCGUGCUCUUCAAAGAAUGUGGGAAUUGAUAGCUGAAGAUAGUUUACUCAUUUUUGCUGCUUUUACUGCACUCAUUGUUACCGCUUUAUCAGAAAUAUCUAUCCCACAUUUUCUGACAGCAUCCAUCUUUUCGGCACAAAGUAGCAGUAUCCCAGUGUUCCACCGGAAUGUGCGAAUCUUGGUUGUGCUAUGCAUCAUUUCAGGAAUAUGCAGUGGUGUGCGAGGUUGCUUUUUUGGGCUCGCAAAUAUGAUCCUGGUCAAACGAAUGAGGGAAAAAUUAUAUUCCACUCUUCUUCUUCAGGAUAUAUCCUUUUUUGAUUCUGAAACAGUUGGUGAUUUGACAAGUAGGCUAGGGGCAGAUUGUCAACAAGUGUCUCGUGUAAUUGGAAAUGACCUAAAUCUGAUUUUACGCAAUGUUCUCCAGGGAACAGGUGCAUUAGUUUAUUUGUUGAUUUUGUCCUGGCCACUGGGAUUGUGCACAUUGGCUAUCUGCUGUGCACUAUUCACGAUAAUGCUAUUAUACGGCCAAUACCAGAAGAGAGCAGCUAAACUAACUCAGGAGUACACUGCUUGUGCCAAUGAGGUUGCCCAAGAGACAUUCUCUCUCAUGAGGACUGUACGAGUAUAUGGAACCGAGGAACAAGAACUGCGAAGGUAUGCACGGUGGAUGGGGAACUUAGCUGAUAUAGCCUUGCGUCAAAGUGCUGCUUAUGGAUAUUGGAACUUUAGCUUCAACACACUCUAUCACUCAACACAGGUUAUUGCUGUGCUGCUAGGAGGAAUAUCUAUCCUGGCUGGUCAUAUUACAGCAGAACAACUUACAAAAUUCAUAUUAUACAGUGAAUGGCUGAUUUAUUCUACAUGGUGGGUGGGGGACAAUUUAUCAUCAUUGAUGCAAUCUAUUGGGGCAAGUGAGAAGGUCUUUCAAUUAAUGGAUCUCAGUCCUAGCGGUCAAUUCAUUGACAAAGGAGCCAAGUUGGAAGGAUUAGCAGGACGCAUUGAAUUUGUGAAUGUUAGUUUCUACUAUCCUUCAAGAGUGAAGGUGCCGGUACUUCAGCAUAUUAACUUCGUGGUGCAUCCUGGUGAAGUAGUAGCACUUGUUGGUCUAAGUGGUAGUGGGAAAAGCACUCUGGUGAACCUUUUCCUUCGGCUUUAUGAGCCAACAAGUGGGCAGAUAUUCAUUGAUGGCUACCCGAUUAGAGAUUUGGACAUCAAGUGGUUGAGGGAAAGAAUCGGAUAUGUGGGACAGGAACCUAGACUCUUCUGCAUGGAUAUCAGCUCAAACAUAAGAUACGGCUGUAGUAGAAAUGUUAAUCAACAAGAUGUGGAAUGGGCUGCCAAGGAGGCUGCUGCCCAUGACUUCAUUUCAUCUUUUCCCAAUGGCUACCACACAGUUGUUGAUGAUGAUUUGCUCAGUGGAGGCCAGAAGCAGCGAAUCGCAAUUGCUAGAGCCAUUCUCAGGGAUCCAGAUAUUUUAGUACUUGAUGAAGCCACUAGUGCUCUAGAUGCAGAGAGUGAACAAAACGUUAAGGGUGUGCUUCGUGCUGUCAGAAGAGAACUGAACUCAAACAGAACUGUCAUAGUAAUUGCACACCGGCUUUCGACAAUCCAAGCUGCUGACAGAAUAGUUGUGAUGGAAAGCGGAAAAGUUGUUGAGAUGGGUAGCCACAAAGAUCUUCUCCUCAAGGAUGGCUUGUAUGCUCGAUUAACCAGAAGACAGGCUGAUGCUGUGGAAUGAACUCUUGCAGUUGACUGGCAUAAUGGUACUGAUUGAUUAUUUGGCCUAUUAAGUUCCUGAUUGGAUACUGCAGAUAGGUUGGUAUGUUUUCUUCCAGAGAAAAUUUAGCAAUGUCUAUACACUAGAUUAGAUAUAGGCUUUUGAAUGAAGAAGGCAAUAUAAGAUUAGUUGCAGAUCUUGCAGUUCGACCAUCUCAAAUUUCCUCACGUGAGCAGGUUGGCUUCAAAGAUCUUGCUGCAACACCGGCCAAAGCUAUAAACAUUUUGAGUUUUGACAAAGAUUGAUGUAUAACAUAUUCAAGGGGUGCGAGUGAUUAUAACCUGUUCAAAGGGACUUUUUCGACAAAGAGCAGAUACUGUUGAUCCAUGUAAAUAACUCAAAACCAUGUCAGUCUGGUUCAAUCUACUUGAGCUGAAGCUGAAAGGAAAUACAAGCUCUUCUCAUGAUAGAGAAGCGUAUUUGUUUACUGUAUGAUUGUAUUAGAUAUUCUUAAUUACACUUGAGGAUGGUUUAUUGGUUAAAUUAAAAAAAAAAAAAAAACAAUUUACUCUGUGUUGCA